GCUCGAAUCGAACGGUUGACAGAAUGAGAACCAACUGCCUGACUCUCUGCAUGUGGCUGUUGGGCCUGCUGGGCACAAGUGUGGCCCUCAGGGAACACUACUGCGAACGGAAUGUGACGACAAGCAGCCUGGUGCCCGUGACGAAGCAGCGAACGGUCAUCAAGCAGCCCUCCAAGUGGAAGCUGUGGAAGAAGGCUCAACGCAUCACCGAGUUCUACAAUACGCACGAGGAACAGAUUACCUAUAAACUAAUCUCUGAAUGCUGUCCAGGCUAUAUGCAAGUGGAGUCCGGCUUGUGUGAGCCCAUUUGCGAGCGUGGCUGCCCGGCCCAUGCCAGCUGCGUGGCGCCACAGCGUUGCCAGUGCACCGCCGGCUAUGUCUCCGCUGUCGCGCAUCGCGAUGGCAGCCACUAUUGUGAGCCCGUCUGUGAGCGCACCUGUCCCACGGGCUCGCAGUGUGUGGCGCCCAACACAUGCGCCUGCAAGCCCGGCUACCAGUCACUGCCACCCACCGGCGAUGGUGUGAGUGGGCCCUGUGCGCCCGUCUGCCAGCUGGGCGAUGGCUGCACCAAUGGUCAAUGCGUCGAUGUGGAGCGUUGUGUCUGCAAUCGUGGCUAUCAAUGGAAUGCGGAUAGACACAGCUGUGAGCAGCAGAGCGAGGAGGAGAUGCUGCUGCUCUCGAAUGAUGACGUCACCGAACUAGAGGAAUACCUCAGCAGUGGCACAGCCACAACAUCAACGAUUGCCGCCGCCGCCGCCGCCGCCGACUGCGCCGAGGGAUUUGUGUUCUAUGCGGGCGAAUGUCGUGCCGAGUUCUUUGAGAGCAAUGAAUCGGUGGUGGUCAAGGAUUGCCGCCAAAUGGGCUGUGGUGCACAUCAGAGCUGCAACGAGCAGGGCAACUGCAGCUGCAAUGCGGGCUAUGUUGAGGAGCAGCAGCAGGGGAAUGCGAAUUCGACGCUCACCUGUCGUCGCGGCCUGCUGGAGCAGCUGUUGAGCAUCGAUCAGGCUGCCGAUGAUGAGGAUGAGCUCAAUACGCUAACUAUACCCAUUGUGGGCGUGGCCACGGGCGCUUUGCUUGUCCUGCUCAUUGUUGGUCUGAUUGGAGGACUGCGUCGACGUCGCGGACACGAGCCGAACGAGUCGGUGGAGCCCAAGGAACCGGUGCUUCAAUGCGAAUUCACCCAGAAAUCCUACGAUGUGGACGAGUGGGUGCCAUGAGCGGAGUUACAGAAGCAACAGGUGCAGCUGGAGGCAAUAGUUAGGCGUCUGUGUUACUGGAGUAUUGAUUGUUAGCACCUAAGUUAGUCAUAAUAAAUGUUUUAGAUUGUUUGUAGAGUACAAUUUUGGAUGCCUAUAAAUUUAAAGAAAUAUUUUUAGUACUUCUGGAUUUUCUACUCCACAGUUGCUAUUUACUCUUCUUGUGGCAAGUACUAACAAACUAACUAACAGAUAGAGAACUAAAAGUAAAAGGAGGGAAAUUAAGAUGAAAGAAGCAGGAUAAUCAAAAUUUAAAGAGAGAAAGUGAGAAAGAGAG